CGUAGAAAAUUGGAGCCUUUAAGCCAAACCAAAAGCUCUCUCUCAAAUUCUUCAACAAACACUAAACAAUGGCGAUGGCGAGCUUUGCGCGGCGCAAGGCCUACCUGCUCUCCAGAAACCUCUCCAACACUUCGUCGGAGGCCGUCCGCUACUCCUACUCCAUCACCUCCUUCUCCCGCCGCUUCGCCUCCUCGGGAUCUGACGACAACGACGUCGUCGUCAUCGGCGGCGGCCCCGGCGGAUACGUCGCCGCCAUCAAGGCCGCCCAGCUCGGUCUCAAGACCACCUGCAUCGAGAAGCGCGGUGCUCUCGGCGGCACGUGUCUCAACGUCGGCUGCAUACCCUCCAAGGCGCUUCUGCAUUCGUCACACAUGUACCAUGAAGCUCUGCAUUCGUUUAAGAGUCAUGGUGUGAACUUCGACAAUGUUCAGAUUGAUUUGGCUGCCAUGAUGGGCCAGAAAGAUAAAGCUGUGGCUAACCUGACAAAAGGUAUUGAGGGUCUGUUCAAGAAGAAUAAGGUGACUUAUGUUAAAGGCUAUGGAAAGUUCCUAUCCCCUAAUGAGGUUUCGGUGGACACCAUUGAUGGUGGAAAUACGGUUGUGAAAGGAAAGAAUAUUAUCAUUGCCACUGGUUCUGAUGUCAAAUCUUUGCCCGGGAUUACCAUUGAUGAGAAGAAGAUAGUAUCGUCAACAGGAGCUCUGGUAUUGUCUGAAAUUCCAAAGAAACUUGUGGUUGUCGGAGCAGGAUAUAUUGGUCUUGAGAUGGGUUCAGUCUGGGGCAGGCUUGGUUCUGAGAUAACUGUUGUUGAGUUUGGACCUGAUAUUGUCCCAUCAAUGGACUCGGAAAUCCGCAGGCAAUUCCAGCGUUCCCUUGAGAAGCAAGGAAUGAAAUUCGUGCUCAAAACAAAGGUGGUAGGAGUUGAUACUUCUGGAGAUGGUGUGAAGUUGACCCUUGAACCAGCAGCUGGUGGUGAGCAGACCACGCUUGACGCUGAUGUCGUUCUUGUAUCUGCUGGUAGGAAUCCAUUCACAUCUGGGCUCGAUUUGGACAAGAUAGGAGUUGAAACUGACAAGAUGGGGAGAAUUUUAGUCAAUGAAAGGUUUGUGACAAAUGUUCCAAGUGUUCAUGCAAUUGGUGAUGUUAUUCCUGGACCCAUGCUCGCUCACAAGGCAGAAGAGGAUGGGGUUGCAUGUGUGGAGUUCAUAGCUGGUAAGCAUGGCCAUGUGGACUAUGACAAGGUCCCUGGGGUUGUCUAUACUCACCCUGAGGUUGCGUCUGUUGGGAAGACCGAGGAGCAAGUGAAGGCCUUAGGCGUGUCAUACCGAGUUGGAAAGUUCCCCUUCUUGGCAAACAGCAGAGCCAAGGCAAUAGAUGAUGCCGAAGGACUAGUCAAGAUUUUGGCCGAGAAGGAGACAGAUAAGAUCUUGGGAGUUCACAUCAUGGCACCCAAUGCUGGAGAGCUCAUUCACGAGGCAGCCAUAGCAUUGCAGUAUGAUGCAUCAAGUGAGGACAUUGCUCGUGUUUGUCAUGCACAUCCAACCAUGAGCGAGGCCUUGAAGGAAGCUGCCAUGGCUACUUAUGACAAGGCCAUUCACAUCUAGAAAAGUUAAUUACUUUGACUUUUGGUUUUACUGUCUUUACCUUUUAAGAAUUUUGGAAUGACUUGUGAAGAACUUUCCAUUUAGUUAUUUUGGCCUUCAAUGAAGGUAACUGAUAAAGUACUUGAUUUUUGACAAGGUUUCCAGCCCCUUUGGUUCAAUAAGGGAAUGACUGUA